AUGGGCGCGAAGCGUAACCGCUAUGGGUUAGAGAUGGGCGCGAAGCGUAACGCUAUGGUUAGAGAUGGCGCGAAGCGUAACCGCUAUGGGUUAGAGAUGGGCGCGAAGCGUAACCGCUAUGGGUUAGAGAUGGCGCGAAGCGUAACGCUAUGGGUUAGAGAUGGCGCGAAGCGUAACCGCUAUGGGUUAGAGAUGGGCGCGAAGCAUGGGCGCGAAGCAUAA